AUGGCCAGGAAACCAUGGCGCGCGCUCAUGAAAGAAGGUAGCAAGAGCUCGGUCUCUUCCUGGCUACAUAGCGCUCUCAUUGCCGGGAUCCCGACUAAGCGAUCAGCAGCAACAGACAAGAAUCAGCCAUUAGGAACAACACGCAGCACUUCGAUCUCGACGAUGCUGAGGCUUGGAUCAGCAACAAGUCAAGAUGACUGGAUCACUCCAGUCACAAGUCUCGAUCAGAUCUACCUGCAUGCGACUAUCAUACAAAACGUGUUCCGAAGGAAAGUGUACGAGAUCGCUCGAAGAUCCAAUGGGCUUUUGAAGCGAAAGCCCGGCAAUGACCGAAGUCUUCGAAAGCUAAGACGGUCGGCCUCCGUGAGUGGGACUGUCGAGUGCGAGCUCGAAGCUGGCAACGUCCUGCAGUACGCAGAGGUGGAGUGGAGCAAGCAGAAGUCAACGUCCCGAGGCGUCGAGAAGGUCGUGCGGUGCUACGACGGAGACUCGUCGCGUCUAGUCGACGUCUGUCGAGAAAGCAUCGUCUACGAGCACAUACAAGACAUCAUAGUCGCGGUAAGGUGCAUCAAGCUCGACCAGGAUAUCUCCGUCAAGCGGAUCAAGAACCGUCUCGAUCCCGACCUAGACCCAUGGAGCACGGCAGGCUAUCGGGACGUCGCCAUCCACCUGUGCCUCGUAUGCCAGGAGGCCUACAACCUCGGUCUUGAGGGGCAUGUCUGUGAGCUUCUUCUCAUCCCCAAGGACAUGCAUGACAUCAAGAUCGGAUCUAGACAUCGUAAGUAUGUCACCUGGAGGAACCUGCGUGGUCAAUAA